CGACUAAAUAUGGCGGAUGUAAUAGUAAACAGUUGAGUUUACCUUCUGUUGUCUUCACAUAACAAAUUUCUGUUACAUUUGAUUAUCUACUGGAACAAAAACAUCUCAUGAUUAUAGCCGGAAAUAUUUCAUUCUUGAUUUUGGUGACAUUAGUAACUGUGAACUCAUCGAAUCAAAAAAAAAAAACUGAUGACUGUAUUAAAUCAAUCAAAUUUUUCAUGAAUGGAGGAUGAAGACAAAGUUUCGGCUGCUUUUUGUUGGAGCAGCGGUGUUUGUAAUUUAUGUAUCCUACAAGAUUUUAGAGCCAGAACUUUAUCGCCUCAAGAAUGCCCGUGGCUUAGGUGUGGACGCUGGGUAUAAUCAGUAUGGCAAUGGUCUAGAUAAAGAUUAUCACAGGGGUGAGUUUCCUAUUGAGGUGCUCCCACCCAAUGGGAGGCAGGAGAGUGUUGUUAUGAAUGCUGUUAAUCAAGACUCAGCGCAACAAAAUAUUUCUGUAACACAGGUUAUCAAAUCCCUGAUAGACAGGUACACACCACAGUACACAUACCAACUCAGUGACUCGCCAUGGAAGGUAGCGGCCAAAUGGGUGGAAGCGCGACAAAUCCUCCCAGUAGAUGACCAGGAAUUGGGCGCUAUCCUCAAUGCCAUGGGGCAAGGCAAGGUCACGUCUGCCGAUGUGGGUCAUAAAGGGACGCAACUCAAACUUACUCUAGUUCUAAACAAUGAACAGAAAGUCAUUUUCAAACCUGCCUGGUACACACGAGAUUACCUGGUCACUGGCACACCCUAUGCUGGACGUGAUCGGCACAAUGCUGAAAUAGCUGCCUUUCACCUGGGCAGAAUCCUGGAACUAAGGAGGACACCUCUAGCUGUGGGCAGGAGGCUGGACAUCAAAAAUGACAUCCAGUCAGUGGCUACUGAGGGCUUGUUGAGCACAUUUUUUAACAAAGAUGGAGAAAGCUGUUUCUAUGGCCGAUGUUUGUAUUGUAAAGGCCCAGAUGAUGGGGUGUGUGCUACCAAUGGCUACAUCGAGGGGACGCUGGUUCUCUGGCUGCCCUCACAGUUCCGCAUGAAAGUACACAAGCACCCCUGGUCUAGGACCUACAGAGAUAGUUUGCAGGCAAAAUGGGAAACAGACAAAGACUAUUGCCAGAAACUAGUGCAGGUGAACCCAACCUUCAGCAGUGGCCCCAGGCUUAUGGACAUCAUUGACACAGCAGUGUUUGACUACCUGAUUGGUAACGCAGACAGGCAUCACUACGAGACGUUUGAAGCCAUGGCCGACAGCAUGUUGAUUAUGUUGGACAAUGGGAAAAGUUUUGGCAACCCAGGAGUUGAUGAGCUAACCAUCCUGGCACCAUUGUACCAGUGCUGCAAAAUUAGGUCCUCUCUCUGGCAGAGGCUGUUGGCCCUCCAAGAUGGCAUCCUCAGUAAAGUCCUGGAAGGAGUUCUCUCCCAUGACCCCAUUGCCCCAGUACUGACCAGGCAGCAUCUAGAGGCCCUGGACAGGCGGCUGGUCACUGUCUUAGAGCAGAUCCAGCUGUGUCUUGACAAGUUUGGUAUUAGUGCAGUUGUCACAGAUUCUUUUGACAAAGGGAGAUAAUAUCUGUACAAUUUUAGACAUUAUUUUUUUUAUAAAGGGAUUUAAUAAAACUUUGUUUUGUAAACAAAGAGUUAAAAUAUAAGUUUAAAAACUUCAAGGCUAAACACCUCGGGUAAUUAAUUUAUGAAUAAAUUAGCAGUUAUUUGCUUUUUUAACAAUGUAGCCAGCAAUAGUUUACACAAAUUGUUACUUUACAUAAAGAAGUUAAACCUCCAUCUUUCAGGAAACGUGUUCAUUCAUAAAACUGUGUUUAUAAUUUUCUAUCAGUGUUUAACUCUAUAAUUCCUACUUGCCUUACAAAUGAUAUCCAGUAUUUUACUGUUACUGCCUCCUUCUCUUCAAUGUUGCCAAAUAUUUGUUAUCACAUUGUUUGCAUUAGUUUUUACCUGAUGAUAUAUUAUUGAAAUUAAAAUAUUUCUUCUAAUGGGUCAUCUAUAAAUGA